AUGCAUUUUCGAUUUACCCUCACUGUUAUUGCGUUUCUAACUACUCAAUCAGAUGCCUGUAUGAAAAUGAUCUCACCUGAUGAUGUUUCCAUCUCGACGCCAGCUCCACCGUUGCCUUGCACACAAUGUGAUACGAAGAGUGUUGUGGAGAAUCCAACUAACCCCGAGAUGCAAGUUCCGACGACUUGGAAAGAGACGACACCGACCGCCGAGGGUUGCACGCAGUACAUAGCGGAAUUCCAGGCGCCCGCAGGACAAACUUGCAUAUCGCUCUCAGUUUAUAUCACCCAAGCUGAUGAUCCAGAAAACAGAAUUUAUAAAGUGAACUCAGGAACAUACGCAGCUUUGACAUUCACGUGUAAAAAUGACAUGAUGUGGGGAUUCGAUCAAUUGACAGUGUAA